CUCUCCUGUCCUACUUCCGUGAUGAGAGUGGCCCCGCCACUUCUUGUUGUAUUCACCUUGGAGUUGUAGCUUACAUCAUGGUUGACUUCAAUAUCCAUGAAAUCCGUGUUUCACGUGAUUGGAACUUAAGCUUAGGCAGUACCACCACUCAUACAUUGCAAAUGUGGGAUGAAAUGGACAGUGACGAAGAAAAUAGCCCCCGUGCUCACUCAACACCAAAGAGUCAUGAAAAUACAUCCGGCAAAGACCCCAUGGAGGCACGCCCAGGGGUGGGCGGGGGUUAUCAAGGACUGGAGCAGACCGGUGACUCUACAAGGUCACUGCUGUCUGUCUUGUCUCACAGCAGUGUAGAGAAUGUCUCUGGAGGUAGUUCUUCCUCAUCAGCUUCGUCAGCGUCCUCAUCUUCGAAACUGACAUCCCGAAAGAGAAGGUCUGAAUCACCCCCAUCUUCCUCUGUAAGCCAUUCCAAGUCAUCAACACAGUCCAGCCAGCCAAAUUCUAGAAUCAGAUCUGCCUCUGCAUCGAGCCAGUCAAGUGCAAGACGACGAAAUGCCUCAUCAACAUCCAGCCGUUCAAAGCCGAGGACUCGCUCAGCAUCCUCGACUGCCAGCCAAUCCAGUUCCAAAACAACCCCAGUCAGAAUCACUUCCUCCUUCUCAUCAAAUACCCUCACUAAUAAGUCCCCCUCCGAGCCACAGCUUACCCCCUGGGAGAAAUGGUUAGUGCAGAAGACUGAGGAGGAACGUCAACGCGCGAGGCAACAAGUCAAGCAGGAGAGGGAGGAAGCAAAACAAAAAUCAAAGGCAGAAAGGGAAAAGAAGGAAAAGGAGGCCGUCAUCAAAGAAAAAGUUGAGGAAUGGAUUGAGGAGAGAACAAAGAGGGAACAGGAAAGGAGGAACAGGAAGACAAGAGAGGAACAGCGGAAAAAGGAGGAAAAAGAGAAGAAACAACAGGAAAUACUGGAGCGUGCUAAGGCAAGCAGGCAAAAAUGGCUAGCCGACAAGAAGAAGAAAGAGCAAGAAGAUAAGGAGAAGCAGGAGGAACACAAGGCCCGAGCUGCUGAGGCAGAACAGGACCGCAAAGCCAAGGCAGAGGAGGCCUACAAGAAGUGGCAUCAGGAAGCCAGUAAGAAGCCCAAGCCGGUACCCAGCAGUUUUGGUGUCAGUCAAGGCAUGCUGAAAGGUUAUUAUGACACUGGUGCUUACCCCAUCCCAAAUUUCUACAAUCCUAUUCCUUGGAUGCCCAUCCAUGUACCCAAAUCCACCGAGGAGGGUGGGCGGGGCAGCAGAGGCAGGCAAGGUGGGAGCGGAAAGAGAGGCCCAGGACGCAGGUCAGCCAAGAAGACCCAAGGAGUCAUUCUCCAGCCUGCCUCCCCGCCACUGCUCUUCAAGGACAGGGAGACUGAGGGGAAAUGCAACAGAUGGGGGAGGCCGAGGUGACUGGACAGCUCCUCAC